AUGAGAAAUUUCAAUAACGCGAACAACAAUACUUGCCAGAGUGGAUACUCUGCACAUUUAGAGAGCAGUGUCGUUUCUUCAUCAGGGGAUGACGCAAAGAAUACUAUGAAACGAAAGAGUAAAUUUUUAAGUUUUACCAAAAUUUGUACCUUUUCCCUUGUCCUGUUGAUGUCCAAGUGUUACGAAAGUGGUAAUUCCAACAAUUCCGUUAGCACGUUCAACGACCUUAAUAAUGGGGCAGGUUUAAGGUCCCUCAGAAUGUUAGCAUGUGGAGAAUGGAAAGAGGACCAGUUUGAAAGUACCUACGUGGAAAAUGAACACGAAGAGAAUACUGAAGAGAAUGAGGAAACGGAAAAUUGCUCAGGAAACAAUAAUUGUAAGGACUCGUCGCCAUGCUGUAAUGCAGUUGACAAGACCUGCCAAACUAACUGUGGAGCCUGCACAUGUGGUUUUAAAACUUUAGAUUUAUAUUUUGAAAAGAAAUUAUUGGACAUUUUAGAUGCGGGAAACAAGAAAGCUGGAUCAGUUAUGCAUGUCGGGGCUCACGUUUUAAGUGGAUUAAAGGACUAUCUUAAAUAUGUGCUUCUGUUCUCACCACUUUUACUUGAGUUUUUAGCAAGCAAACUUUUACUAUCAGGAUAUUAUAAGUCAUCUCAAUUCGUAUCUAGUGUGUGUGUUACGUUUUACCUGUAUGUGUUUUACAAAAUUAUAGAGAAUGGUGCUUUGGAAAGAGCAGGUUUUAUAUCUUAUGAUAACACUCCACGUGAAAUUGGCUUGCGCAGCGUAGGCAGUAGCUGUGAAGCCUCUUGCGGUAAAAAUACCUGCCCGGAUAGCAACUGUGAAAGCAGCUGCAAGAAGAAGAAUGGUUGCUGCAGCAAAAAAGAAGACUCAAAAUGCAAGGAUACAAAAUCUAAGUCACGAAGUGCUUAA